AUGACUUUAUUAUAUCAAAUGGUACAUUUCAUUUUAUUUGCCUCAGUUUCUGGUGAGUGUGUGACCAAGCUGUUCCAAGAUGCCUACUUUAAAGGAGGAGACAUUACUGUUGUUUUCACACCAAAUGCCAAGCACUGCCAAAGAGUCUGCACCCACCAUCCAAGGUGUUUGCUCUUCACUUUUAUGGCUGAGUCAUCAUCUGAAGAUCCUACCAAGUGGUUUACUUGCAUCCUGAAAGACAGUGUUGCAGAAACACUGCCAAUGGUCAAUAUGACGGGAGCAAUUUCUGGAUAUUCUUCCAAGCAAUGCUCAGACCAACUAAGUGCUUGCAACAAAGAUAUUUAUGUGGACCUACAUAUGAAGGGCCUGAACCAUAACAGCUCUAUUACCAAGAGUGCUCAGGAAUGCCAAGAGAGGUGUACGAAUGACAUGCACUGUCACUUUUUUACAUUCGCCACAGAGCACUUUCCAAGUGUAAAGUAUCGUAACAUCUGUCUGUUGAAGUACACCCGAACGGGGAUGCCAACCAACAUAACAAAGCUCAGUGAAGUGGUGUCUGGAUUUUCACUGAAGCCCUGUGCGCUUUCUAAUCUGGCUUGUAUUAGGGACAUUUUCCCUAGAACGAUGUUUGCAGACAGUAACAUUGACAGUGUCAUGGCUCCAGACGCUUUUGUCUGUCGCAGCAUUUGUACUCACCAUCCCAGUUGUUUGUUCUUUACCUUCUUUUCUCAAGAAUGGCCAACAAUAUCUGAAAGAAAUCUGUGUCUACUUAAAACGUCUACAAGUGGGCUGCCAAGCGCACGCAUUAGAAAGAACAAAGCUCUUUCUGGUUUUAGUCUACAAAACUGCCGGCACAGUGUCCCAGUGUUCUGCCAUUCUUCGUUCUACCGUGACACUGAUUUCUUGGGAGAAGAACUGGACAUUGUUGACGUGGACGGGCACGAAGCCUGUCAGAAAACAUGCACCAACAGCAUCCGCUGUCAAUUUUUUACCUAUUCUCCAUCUCAAGAAUCUUGCAACGGAGGGAAGGGUAAAUGCUACUUAAAACUUUCUGCAAAUGGAUCUCCAACUAAAAUACUUCAUGGGAGAGGAAACAUCUCUGGAUAUACGUUAAGGUUAUGUAAAAUGGAUAAUGCGUGUACAACGAAAAUCAAGCCCAGAAUUGUUGGAGGAACCAAGUCUGUUCUUGGAGAGUGGCCGUGGCAGAUAACUCUGCACGUCACGUCACCCACCCAGAGACACCUGUGUGGAGGCUCCAUCAUCGGAAACCAGUGGAUAUUAACAGCUGCUCAUUGUUUCAGCGAGGUAGAGUCACCUAAAGCUUUGCGUGUCUAUAGUGGCAUUUUAAACCAAGCAGAAAUAAAAGAGGAUACAUCUUUCUUUGGGGUUCAAGAAAUAAUAAUUCAUGAUCAGUAUGAAAUGGCAGAAAGUGGAUAUGAUAUUGCCUUGUUGAAACUGGAAAUGACAAUGAAUUACACAGAUUCUCAACGACCCAUCUGCCUACCUUCCAAAGGAGAUAGAAAUGUGACGUAUACUGAGUGCUGGGUGACUGGAUGGGGGUACCAAAAAUUAAGAGACAAAAUACUAAAUACUCUCCAGAAAGCCCAGGUACCCUUGGUGACAAAUGAAGAAUGCCAGGCAGGAUACAGAGGGCAUAAAAUAACUAAUAAGAUGGUCUGUGCAGGCUACAAAGAAGGAGGGAAGGAUGCCUGCAAGGGAGAUUCAGGGGGCCCCCUGUGUUGUAAGCACAACGAGGUCUGGCAUUUGGUAGGCAUCACGAGCUGGGGCGAGGGCUGUGGCCAAAGGGAGCGGCCGGGUGUUUACACCAACGUGGUCGAGUACGUGGACUGGAUUCUGGAGAAAACGCAAGCAGCUUGA